AUGAAGUUCACUCUCGUCGCCCUUCUCACCGCUGCCACCGUCGCCAUGGCCAACCCCCACCAGGGCGCCAACUUCCCUCAACUCGUUGAGCGCAAGGCCUGCUACCACGAGAGCGACUGUGGCUGGACCUAUGGUGCCAAGUGCGAGCACUACUGCCGCCAAUACGGGCAGGACGUCGGCGUCGACCGCAUGGAGAAGUGCAGCAUCCUCAACAACAAGCGCUGCUGCUGCACUAAGUAA